AUGAAUCGUUUUCUAGACAUUGUAUCUGUCUUUGUCGUGGCACUCUUUGCCACCAUCAUCCGUGCCUCCCCAGCGUCCUACUGCGAUGCAUCAUCAAGCAAAGUCUGCUACAGCUGGGCUGUUCCAUCCUCAUCCUCCUCCCUCUACGUUCGCCUCGAAGCCCCUACCACCUACCAAUGGGUUGCCCUCGGCACUGGAUCCCGCAUGAGCGGCUCGACGAUGCUCGUUAUAUACCAAGACGGCUCGGGCAAUGUCACCUUGAGCACUCGCAAGGGAUACGGUCAUGACACGCCGACAUACCAGGCCAUGAGCGGUAUCAAGCUUGUUGAGGGAAGCGGCGUGUCGAAUGGUACAAUAGUAGCCAAUAUCUACUGGAAAGAUGCAAGCAUAUCGGGGACUGCUCAGUGGAUCAGUGCCUGGAAGAAGGGUAGCUCUAUGGACACAAGCGAUGCAAGCAGCGAUUUUCCUGAGCAUGACGGAACCGAUAAUUUCUCGCUUGAUCUCUCCAAGGCUACCGUCAGCGGCACAUCCAACCCUUUCCUCAACUCGUCCAACACUACGCCAAGCGACAAUGCUGUCUCUGGUGGCGGUGGAGGUGAAGAUCAUACUGGUUCCGCGCACGGUGUUAUCAUGGCAGUCGUUUUCCUCGUCGGGUUCCCCAUCGGCUCUGUUCUCAUGCCUCUGCUUGGGAAAUGGCUCAUCCAUGCCUCGUGGCAGAUCAUCGCCUUUGUAGGCAUGUGGAUUGGCUUUGGCAUUGGGAAGAUUGCUGCUGAUCGUGACGCAGAUUGGUUCCAUGAACCUCACGUUGUCCUUGGGACGAUAGUGUGUGUCUUGAUGAUUGUACAGCCUGUGCUGGGAUGGAUGCACCAUAGAAACUACGUCAAGUACCAACGUCGAACGACAAUAAGCUAUGGACAUAUUUGGUAUGGCAGAGGUAUCAUGGUCGUCGGCAUUAUCAAUGGAGGCAUUGGGCUGCAGUUAUCCAGUGCGUCUACAGGCUUAAUUGUUGGAUACAGUAUUGUCGGUAUUCUUGUCUCUGCCAUUUACGCUGCUGGCGCUGUCCGUAAGAUGGUCCAGAUGAAGAGGAAGGAACAUGAGUUACUGUCGGAUCCAUCGAAUAGCGCCCUUGAAUUGAGGGCAUAG